AAUCAAGCUAUCUUGCAAAAUCACCAGAACCAUCAAAGACAUGGAUAAAUUUGUCUUGGUAGUGUUUCUUGGUCUGCUGAUGAUGGCCAAUGCAAGGGUGGAAAGCUAUCUAGUUGACAACCUUGCCACACUCGGAGAGCUCGAGAACCUGCACGUAGAAGAAGGAGAGGACGUAGAUCUUUUCGAUGCUCCAUCAUGGACAAGCGAAGAGGUUGGCAAGGUUCUUGUGAAUGUGGAUUCCUUUGGUGCAGCUGGAAAUGGAGUUUCUGAUGAUACGCAGGCCUUUCAAAAGGCAUGGAAGCAAGCAUGCUCUACCCAAAAAUCAGUUCUCUUGGUUCCCCCAGGCCGCAGUUAUCUAGUCAAUGCAACACGGUUUUAUGGGCCUUGCGCUGACAACUUAGUCGUCCAGAUCGAUGGGACAAUAAUAGCGCCAAAUGAUCCCAAGAAUUGGGACCCGAAAAACCAGAGACUCUGGCUUUCUUUUUCUAAUCUGACGGGGGUUACCUUCCAAGGGAGUGGACAUAUUGAAGGCUCAGGUGCCCUGUGGUGGGCAGCGUCUUGCAAAAAGAACAAAUCAAAUCCUUGCGUAGGAGCACCAACGGCAUUAACCAUAUCUUCUAGCUCAAAUGUGAGGAUGAAGGGCCUUACCAUCCGGAACAGCCAACAGAUGCAUUUUGUCAUCUCACAUUGUAAUGUAGUGCGUAUAUCCAAAAUGCUAGUUUCAGCUCCAGGAGACAGUCCCAACACUGAUGGAAUCCAUCUCACACAGUCAACGAACAUUGUUGUCGAAGACACCAAAAUUGGAACAGGGGAUGACUGCAUCUCGAUUGUCGAUGGUUGUUCAAAUAUCAGGAUAAAGAAUGUCAACUGUGGACCAGGACAUGGAAUAAGCAUAGGAAGCCUUGGGAAAGACAACUCCGUAGGCAUAGUAACAAAAGUGGUCGUGGAUACUGCAGUCCUUAGGGGAACUACCAAUGGCCUCAGGAUCAAGACUUGGCAGGGAGGAUCUGGUCAUGUUAAUGCAGUACGUUAUGACAAUGUGGUGAUGGAGGACGUUGCGAACCCCAUCAUAAUUGACCAAUUCUACUGUGAUUCCCCAACUUCUUGCAAGAACCAGACAGCAGCAGUGCAAAUUAGCCAAGUCAUGUACCGGAACAUUAGUGGGACAACAAAGAGCACGAAGGCAAUGAAAUUUGACUGCAGUGACACAGUUCCCUGCACUAAAAUAGUGCUGAGCAACAUCAGCUUAGAGAAUCAAAAUGGCAGUGUGGAGACUUACUGCCACUCUGCCACAGGCAUUGGACUUGGAGUUGUGAAGCCUUCAGCCGACUGUCUGGCUUCUGCUGGCAAGGACUUCUGCACGAAAGAGACAGAACAUGUUGAGCUUGCCAAAGCUGGCAUGGAGGACCCAGGCCACUCUGAUGAACUCUGACUUGGAACAUAUAGGCAGCUAAUAUACUAAACGAGAUAUAUACUUAGAUCGAACUCGUAGAGGUUUAUAUAAAGAGGUUUGGGGUGCUGAAUCAACUUUUAAAGAUAAUUACAAAUGUUAUUUAGUUAUUAAAUAGAAGCUACUGUAUUGAUUCAGACUGAGAGAGAAUAAUGUACUUGUAACAGAUAUAAAAAAAAAUCAUUGAGAUUGAUUAUUAUUUUAUUUUACA